GAUCAUUUCCAGCUUAAUUAAUGAUUUACUAUUUUAUUUAUGUCAACUAAUGGAAUGGAGAUUCAUCCUCUUCUUUUCUGGACCAAACAAUAAUACACGUUUAAAGGUGUACAUAAAUAUGUACACAUAGAUUUCUGCUUUUGUUGGCUUUUUCUGCCACACCAUGUCUUCAAAAAAAUAAUAAUGUACCAUUCUCUGAUUCUGGACUCGGAUUUUCAAGGCUUCUUCCUUUGUACCUGUUGGUAUUUAACAUGGGUUAAUCACAUUUACCAUUUGUAAGUUUUUCUUUUUUGAAAAGUUGUAGUUCCUUUUGGGGGUAUAUUGAAACAAAAGCAAGGUAGAUUCCUGAUGUUAUUCCCUUACACCUUUCUGCCUUUUGAUUCCCAAGACGAGAAAAAAGUUCAUUUUAUCUCAUUAGAAGCCACAAUACCUUUAGGUGGACAAGUCUCAUCACUUAUCCGUCUCUAUAUAUACUGAAAAAGCUAACUUUCGCAUCACUGCUCAUUGCUCAAUCUUCUUACACUCCUUUCUGCGUUUCACAAUAAACAUCUCAUCCUUCUAGGGGUGCCACUGUGGCAGAGCUAACAACAAUGGCAGAUCUAGGUGUUUUUCUGAAUCAAAGUUGUGCUGCUGGUGGAGGAGCAAUGGGAAACAAAGAUUUUGAUGAAGAUGUGUGGAGUGUGGACUGCGAGAAAGAUGAUUCUGCCCCAAAUACCACAAGGGCAUGCAAGGAAUCUUGUGGUUCUUCUUCUGCAUGGCGUUUACCUACUGCCACAAGAAAGAUUCCAAGGGCUAGUUCCAACACCCCACCUUCUUCUGAUGCUCCAUUGUUGAAAGGUUCCUCAGAACCCAUGGAUAUCCCUGACUGGUCUAAAAUUUAUGGGAAGAGUUGCAAGAAAGGGUCAAAGGAUGAUGGUUCAUGCAGCAAAGGUGGUGAUGAUGAGGAUGAUGACAUGGUGCCUCCACAUGAAUGGAUUGCAAGAAAGCUUGCAAGAAGCCAGAUUUCUUCUUUCUCUGUGUGUGAAGGGAUGGGGAGGACUCUGAAAGGGAGAGAUCUUAGCAAGGUGAGGAAUGCUAUUUUGGCCAAAACUGGCUUCAUAGAGUAGUUCUUAGCGAAGUUGUCACCACAGUCUUCAAUUUCAACCAUGUCAUGUCUCAUCAUAUAAAAGCUUCAAAUUUUGGUGUCAUCAGUAAGUCUACCAUCACCAAAUCUUCUAUUAUUGUAAGAUUAAGUUAGCAUGCAAUCGUUUUCUUUUUCUUUUGUUUUGAUCAUUCUCAGUAUUAAAUACUUUAUUGGUACGGAAUAGGGUGUCCUUUUCUGCAAGAGGAACUUGAAAUGGAACCCUUUUACAUGAAGCCAGAGCUGCCUUGUUUGUAUCUGUUUUUUGUUCUAAAGUUUUCUGGGAAAGGAAGGAUUUAUAGGGAAAGCAAAAGAAUGAGUGGAAGUGAGCAGUGGCAGCCUCUGAAAGUUUGUGUGGAUUUUUAAUGAGUUUUUGGUUUGAGGCUCGUGUGGGAUGCACCUUAUAAAUGGAAGAGUUGUUAUUUCUCAUUGUUUAUCGUUUCAUUCCGGGAUUCAUAAUUAUAUGUUUUAGACUGAACUAUUCUAAUGUGAUAGUCUUUUCCAAGUAAAGUUCAUACAUUUUGAAAUUCAGGAAUCACAAAAUGGACAUUU